UUAGGAUUGGACCGUUUAUGUUUGUAUUUUGACUGAGUAUGAACUGAAGUAACAAUGGCCACCCGUAGACCAGGUCUUACAAAAACCCAAGCUUUACGUCAAGCAAGAUCUUCGGCGCUUGUCAAACAAUAUGCGGAAAAGAAAGAAACUAUUGAGCAACCUCAGGCAGAACCACCGAAGAGACGAAGAAUAGCACCGACCCAUGAGCCAAGGAAAGUUGACUUCACUAAACCGGGUUUAACGAAAGCUAUGCUAGCACGAAAAAAGCAUGCGGAGCAACUUAAAAAAGAAUAUGAACGUAAAAAGGAAGAGGAAACCGCACAUGUUGGCCGUCGACCGAAACGAACAGCAGCACCGAUCGGUGGUGAUGCUAGGGUGGGUCGAGAAAGAAUACCGAGAAAAGAUGUUUCUCGAAAAACACCUUCCAAAGCGUUACCGCCAAUACCAGAGAAAACUCGUCAGCUUGCAAAGACUAUCAAAGCCGAUGUCGUUCGAGCCGAACCGGUAGGUAAAGGACCGAUCGAUAGUAUCGUCAUACCAGCGGGAACGAUUAAAGAUAAUCGUACUACGAUCGUUAGUAUUCCCCAACCAGCAGAAGUCUCUAAAAUAGCUGAUCGUUCGAUGCAAGUAAUCAGGUGCUUUCUCCAAAAUCGAUUUCUUACGCGAAUCAAUUAUGAUAAAUUAACUAAUAGUAAUACGAUUGUACGUAUGAACUUUAAUAUCCAAUUAAAUUACAUUAUUAUUAGCGAAACCUUGGACGAGCAGGAUGCCGUCGAAGCUGCAGCUGUACAAUCGAAACUGGAUGAUUUACAGCAAGCAAGGAGAGAUUUUGUAAUGACUGUAGCGAAUAUCAGUGGAAAAGUAACUGCCAUCGAUCAAGCGCCCGCUAUAGAACUUGAAAGCCCACCUAGAUAUUUGCAUAGAAUACCGGAUUUAGAUGAUCCAUAUCUGCGCAUAGAAUAUACCAAAGAUCAUCCGAUCGUAGAGGCUGCCCGUGAAUUUAUGCAGAAAAGCCUUAACGCUAUGAGAGAAAGUGAAGCGGCAAGAAGAUGGGAUGACGAGAUUAAACAAAUCUCUAAGGUGGCAACAGAAAUAGCUUUGGGUCUAGAGGAUGAACUUCCUUUCCAUGAGGAAAAGCUUAUAGAAUUCGAUGAGGAUGAACAAUACCAUACGCCUCCUAUUCCACCGGGUUAUUAUGGUAGACAAAUAGCUGAUGUAUCACCUAUUCCCCCUCGCAGGGAUGUCUAUGAAUAUGGAACCUUCGAUCCGGAAGAAUUGGAAAGAUUCUUUGAUAUCGAACGUUAUCCACCUUUCGUUAUGCCACCAAUAGGUCGGGAAACUCUUUAUCCCGAUCUUUGGGAGAUGGAGGAUCCGUGGUAUAUACCACCUUCAGAACCUGACCAGCCGGAUUUGAUUCAAUUUGAUUAGCGAUUAGCUGAUGAUAAUAACGAACAAAAUAAACAUUUCCGCAAUCGAGAGGAAUUUCACUUUUUGUCUUUCGUUCGUUCCUUUUCCAUAACAAUAUAAAUCGACUAGUGGUUCGCCUAGUUUUAUGUUUUAUUGUUGGUAUCAUGCAAAAUCAUUUAGGAUAUUUGUAUCUUAAUUAUUAGUCGAAA